AUGGGUUUUCUCGCAGAUAAUCCAUAGGAUGAUUCAGAGGCCUUGUCAACAGCAGCAUAGGCAACUCCAUCCACAACACAAGGCAGUUCCGAAAGUUCUACAGACACCAUUUCAAGCUCCACGCAAAUAUCAGGAUUUUCGACUGCAUCGCUUGUAAAGAAGCAUUAAUCAUAAGUUAAAUUCAAAAUACAUUAUCAGGCCACAUUUGGCUAAUCACUCUACGUUGUAGGAUCAAUAAAAGCUCUUGGUAAGUGGCGAAUAGAGAAAUCUCUUCUUAUGAAAUGGACAGAAGGACAUUAUUGGGUUGCUUCACUUGCCUCAAGUGAAAUCGACUCUGCAGAACUAGAUAAACUCAUCGAAUACAAAUAUUGCUUGGCCAACACAGUAUAUCCCGAAUAGUAUCUCAUUUUGUGGGAAGAAGGUCCAAAUCGUUCAUUCUACUUCCCUGAAGUUAGUCAGCUUUGCUUGAAUGACUUUUGGAGUCUAAGAAAAGUUAUUCUCAGGUUAUUUGAAGCCAAGAAUGACAAAGAUUUAUACGUUUUGGGAGAUUGUGAAGAAAUUGGCACAUAUGAAUCUCCCUCCAAAAUGGAAAGAGUUGUGUAAACAAACUUUGCUGACUUAAGCUAGACCGUAUUCUUUGAAAAGACUCUUCUUGUUAAAGCUCACAAGCAAAAAAUUAAAUACACAUACGCAAAAAAAGAUACAAAUUAAAUGCUGAUAAUAGACAGACAACCUAGGAAACUUCAGAUUAAAUAGCCUCCAAAGCAUAUUCACAUUGAAAUCAACGACAAUUCGUUUUCGAGCAAGUUCUAGGUCACGAAAAUAGACGAUAAUAUUUAUCUAGGUCCCUAUCCUCAAAGCGAAGAAGAUGUUAAAGAACUGAGUGAGAGAGGCAUAAGGGCAGUGCUUAAUCUAUAAACUGAAAAAGAUAUGUAACUUAAGGGAGCAGCAUACAUAAAGCUCCUCCGUUUCUAUAAGACUUAUAACAUUCAACCAUUUCAUUUCCCAGUUAUCGAUAUGGAUGUCAUAGACAUGUGUUACAAACUGCAGGAUGUUUCCCGUCUUUUAAACUAUUUAGUCUCCACAAUGAAAAGAGUGUAUGUUCACUGCACAGCUGGUAUGUUCAGAUCUCCCCAAUGUGUCAUCGGUUAUUAUACUUACUUUAAAAACAUGAAAGUCUAACAAGCUAUAAAAUAUGUCGAAAACCAACAUCCUCAUUCCAAAAUAAAUAAAGGUUACAUUGAAACUAUCAUGAACUGCACUCCAGUGCCGACUUAUAAUUCCAUGAAUGAUAUUGAUAAAAAAUACCAGAAGAAUCACAUAUCUGAUUCUGAUUUUUUCGAUGACGAUGAUGACGAUGAUAACAAUAAUUUACUAAUUUCUCAUACAGAAUCAAUAAUUAAUAUCAACAACAUCACAGAUAUUAGCCCAAUUUUAACAUGA